AUGUUUGAAUUAAAUAAAGAUUUUCAGAAAUUAGCUAGAAGAGAUAAAAAUAUAUUCUUUAAUGAACAGUGCAAGGAAGUUGAAGAUAGUAACGUAAAGGGGAAGACAAGAGACCUUUAUAAGAAAAUUAGAGAAAUUAAAGGAAAAUUCCAGGCAAAAAUUGGAAUGAUAAAAGAUAGAAACGGGAAAGAUCUGAGUGAAGCAGAGGAUGUUAAGGAAAGAUGGGCAGAAUAUGUAGAAGACCUAUACAAGAAAGAACUGCAUCAUGACAGGGCUCCUACUGCUGAUGUUAAUGUUAAUUUAGAACUAGAGCCAGGUAUUUUGGAGAGCGAAAUCCAGUGGGCCCUUGAAAAUAUGGCUGAUAACAAAACUAGUGGACAUGAUGAAAUACCAGCAGAAUUGUUUAAAGUCACUGGAAAGGAUGCAUUCAUUGAUAAUUACUAA